AUGGAUAAAGAUGAUCAAAUACCUUCUGAUCAAGAGAUUGAUUUUUGUACUCUUGGAAUGUUUAUAAUUGAUGAAAUACACUACCUUCCACCGAAUCCGUCAGUAUACGAUGUCCUCGGUGGCGCCGGUUCCUAUUCCGCCCUUGGAGCCCGACUCUUCUCCCCACCACCCCUCUCCAAAACUAUUUCCUGGAUCGUCGACAAAGGAUCUGAUUUCCCCUCAUCAAUAUCCGAACAAAUAGCUCAAUGGCAAACAUCAUGUCUAAUGCGUACCGAUCUUACCCGUCUCACAACCCGCGGUUGGAAUGGUUAUGACAGUAACGAAGUACGAUCUUUCAAAUACACCACCCCGAAGCUCCGACUCGACGAAACAUCCUUAUCGUCUCACCCACCACUUUUAUUCUCAAAAUCUUUUCAUCUCAUAUGUUCCCCAAAUCGAUGUAUAGAUCUCGUAACACGCAUCCUAUCACUCCGCAAAUCUCAAUCUCCAAAUCAUCCAAAACCUCUUUUUAUUUGGGAACCAGUGCCAGAUCUCUGUACACCAGAUGAGCUCCUAAACUGUACCAACGUCCUCCCGUACAUCGACGUCCUCUCACCAAACCACUCCGAGCUAGCCGGUUUCAUGGGCGAUCAAGAUCUAGGCCAUACUCCCUCAGGGGAAAUCUCUACAGAAGCCGUAGAGCGUUCAUGCGAACAAUUACUCGCAUCCAUGCCCCUCCAAUCCUAUUCCAUCGUUGUUAGAUGCGGAGCACUGGGAUGUUACGUUGCGAAAAACGGAGGAAGAAGUAGACGCGUCAGUAAAAGUCGGAGAAAACGCCCAGCAAAUAGAUCUAGAGGUGGAUUGACCCUAGAUAUGAAUAUGGAAGAUUUAUUCGCGGGACUAUUGAGUGAUAGUGGGGAGAUAGAAUUCGAAAGGAAUAAUUAUACUCCUGUAGAUCCGGGAAUCGAAAAAUGGAUCCCGGCUUUCCAUCAAGGUGCUCCAGAGGGUGAAGAGGAGGAGAAAAGCAAAGUCGUAGAUCCAACAGGAGGCGGGAAUACAUUUUUAGGUGGUCUUGCAAUUGCGUUGGCGAGGGGCAAGGGUAUCAUAGAGGCUAGUUGUUGGGGAGCUGUAGCGGCUAGUUUUGCGAUUGAACAAGUAGUUAUUGUAUGGGGAUUGUUCAGUUGCUUGGAGAGUGAUAUGUCUCAAUUAAUGGAAAGAGAGUUGAUGAAAAGGGGCUUGAGAUAG